AUGUUUACUGAAGUAUGGCAGUCUAAUGAGGAUUGAAGUCUCAUUCAGAUAGUGAAGGAGCUAGGUACUGAAAGUUGGAGCAAAGCUUCUCAAAUCAUUCGUACCAAGACAGCAGCUCAAUGCAAGUUUCGGUACCAGUAUAUUUGAAGUAACCCGAUUUACUUCAAACAAAUCUCAGAUCUUGAGAGAUCUAAGUUUCCGAGGAUGAGUAUUAGCCAGCCUCCAGCUCCAAGGAGAGGAAGGCCUCCACUUCAUUCUAUACCGAGGCAGCAGUUUGUUAUCGAUGAGAGCGAAAAGGAGAAUAUGGACCCUGAAACAAGGAAGAAAUACGAGUCUAGCUGUGAAAAGUUUAAUUCUCUAUUGAACUCCUCAAAGAUUGUUUUAAACAACAAUGUUUGAGACUGGGAAGAAUGGAAAGACAGAUCUCUAUGUGACCAAAUCAUUUCAAAAGGAAAGUAUGACUGGGAGACUAUAGAGGGGUCUACAACCUCUGCUUUUCCUCAGUUCUGAAAACUCAGAUGGGGGUUAUUGGGGUUAGGCCCGAUUGACUGAGCCUUCUCAGCACAAGAAGAUAGCAAUCUUGUUGAAUGGGUUGAAAAUAAUGGAGAAAAUUGUUGGGAUAAAGCAACUCAAAAAAUCACCUGAAGAAGCCAAAAGCAGUGAGAGUUGAGAUACAAGUAUCUCCAGGCAUCAGGGAAAAUAUUAGGAUAUAAAAGAGCUAAGAAAUGAUUUAUGAAGGAGUUAGAGGAUUGUAAUGACAGAUAUAACUUUGACAGGUUGCUUGACAACGUCAAUACUAAGAGUAUGAAAGACUAUAAGCAGCUGUUUGAUCUUGACUGCUUAAACUCUGUCUUGGAUAUGGAACAGAAGACGCAACUCAAAAGAGCAUCUGAUAAAGCAGGCAACAAUAAAAUAAGCUCUAAAAUUAAUCUGACUAAAAAGCAGAAGGUACCUGAUGCAUCAAGAAUUGUUAACUCUUCUCACGACCAGAUCGUUGAACCGAAAUGGACUAUUCAAGAAAAUCAGAUUUUGUUCAAGGCUCAUAAAAUAUUAGGCCAUAAUUGGACAAAGAUUUCAUCAUUAUUCCCAUCAAGGUUUCCAAGGUCGAUCAAGGCACACUUUCUAGAAGUCCUACGCUGUAUAUCUGGGAAGUUCUCUAAGAGGCCAGUGACUGAAAAUGACAGGUUUAAAGGCUACAGCUAUCAACCAAGGGAUGAGACUGAAGUAUUACAAACUCUUCCUUCAGAUAGAGAACUGAAGGAUUAUGUCCCUCUUAUGACCUUGGAAAGAUGAAGAAAUUAAUCGCUUGUUAGACGCAUUAAGUAUGUUCGGAGCAAGCGAUUUUAGCCGAAUAUCAAAUUAUGUCAAGACAAAAAGUUCAACUCAGUGAAAGAAAUGGGUUAUGGAAUGGCAAAGGCAGCAAGCACAUCAACAGAACCAACAAGUGCAGGCUCCUAGUGUACCUCAAAACCAUCAACAGACUCAGCAAUGGAGUAUAACUGACGAUUCCUCUCUUCUAGAAUGGAUAUUUAGUAAAGCUUUUGAGAACUGAUUGCUUUCACCUCCUUCUAUCACUUAUUUAAAAGGAAAGCAAAAAGAAACUGUUGCACAAAGGAUUCAAGCAAUCAAGACUAUCUGUGAGAAUGCUUUAUUUCGGAGAAACAAUGGGAUGGUUUAUACUAACUCGCAGGCGAGUGGGAGUCAGAUACAGAGUAACUGAUUUACUCCUCCCCAGAAAUAUGAAUCAAAUAUGUAUCAUCAGAAUUACCUCCAGCAAGCUGAGACAAGAUCCUUCAGUGAUUAUAGCAGCGAUGUUCAGAUUGUGAAAGAGAAAGAAGUCAGAAAGCCACCAAGUGAGAGCCGUAGAAGAAGGAAAGAGAAAGAUAAGGAAAGAAGUUUGAGAGAAGAAUCGUUAUUUUCCUCUUCUUACACUGCUCAAGAGUUUAUCAAGAAAUGUCAAAAAAUCAGCCUCAAAGGUGCUUGGUCGAUGUCAGAAAUGAGGAUUCUUACUGAUGAAAGACUUGAUGGAAACUUUUCGGACUGGAUUUACAACGUAAAGUCUAAGACUAAUAAAUCAGAAUCAGGGAUAAAAAGACAGUUGGAAGGAAUCAUUCAGUUGUUGGUAUUGGAAGUUAAAUGUGCUCUUACAUAUCCUCCAAGCGUUAUCAAUGAAACUAAACCUUUGCCUUCUAAAUGGAUCUUGAACUUUAUUGGAAACCUAAAAGAUAGGGAACGAAAAAAUUUAGAAUCUACGCUUGUAAACAAACCAAUAGAUUUAUUAAUAAUUUUCAAGGCAAUAUUGAUAUCUUUUAACUCCAAUCCAAAAGACGACAAACCAGAACCAACAGACAAACCAGAGGCUCCAGGCAAGAAAGAAUCAAUAGACACCAAAGACCCCAUCGUCCAAGCCCCAGAACGCCCCAAAACCCCCACCUCCAAAGAAGACCAACCCCAUCCCUCCACCCCCGAGCCUCACGCACCCAAACCCCAAAACCCCGACGCCCAAGUCCUCGCUCUGCGAGGACUUCUCAAAACCACCUACCCCCAGAUCGGCAACACCACCGAAAUGCCACCUAACAAACUCCAAGAAAAAAUCGAUCUCACCUCUCACCCCGCUUCCGAAGAAAUCGCCCUCAUAAUCUCUCCUCCUCCUCUCUCCCGCUCCGAAGUGACCAAGCCUCUACACAUCUCCUCUAGCCUGCCUACUACACCUACAGCCACCUCCACCUCCACAGCUGCAGCUGUGCAGAAGGAGAAGGUGUUCAUAGUGCAGAAGGAUACUAGGCUGAGGAAGAACGAGGAAGAAGUAGAGGGACAGGAAGAGGAAGGAAUACCGAAGGAAGGGAGAAGUGGGUUACUGAGGGAGCUGGAGGGGAUGGAUGAGGACAAAAGUGGAUAAGGGGGUGUUUAGAGG